UUUUUUGAGAAUCUCUUAUUGGGGUUUGCUUACACUUUUACUUUACAAGAUGGUUAGACUAAAAGGCAUGGGACGUAGCAAAAUAGAGAUAAAGGAAAUACAGAACAAGGGAGCCAUGUACUGCACCUUCACAAAGCGUCGCAAUGGCCUGUGCAGCAAGGCUAGGGAGCUCCAUACCUUGUGUGGUGCCCAAGUUGCUGCCAUUGUCUUCUCUCCCAAGAACAAGAUGUACACCUUUGGUGAGCCUUCUGUGGACUCCGUGGUGAAUCGCUUUCUUCAUGAACAACAACAACAACGACAACCCUUGAACCGAGAAGGGCAGAAGAAGAAGAAGAAGAAGACGAUACCGUUUUUGUCAGACGAGUGCAUUGAAGGUUUUGAGUUGCAUGAGCUUAAGUAUUGCACGGCUUUGAUGGAAGAGUUUGUGAGAAAGUUAGAAGAACGACUAGCAGACGUGGUGUAUAGGAGGGUUCAAGUGAAGGAUUUGAUUAGUUUAAUUAAAUAAGAAUAGUGGCUAGAUAAUUGUCUUUUAGA